AUGGAGGGUCACAGGUUGAAAAGCCAAGCCGCCAUGUUUAAUUUCAUGAAGAAGACCGCGGUCUUAACAGGCGGUGACGUAGGAGGGGGUGAAGAGCGGGAUGGAGAGAAAGAGAGACGGAAACGGGAGAAGAAAGAGAGAAAAGAGAGGGAGAAGCGGGAGAGAAUAGCUGCUGGACUAGAGGAGCCGUUACGGCUAGAAGAGGUCCGGCGAUCGCUGAAAUUGCGGGGCAGACGCAAAGAAAAGGAGAAACUGCCUUCGGGCAUCACAGCUGACUACACCGCAUCCUUGUUCGCCCAUCUCGAACAAGACUCAAACUACUCCAAUUACCCGCUCAUACCUACCUCGGGGUCUAACUCUAAUCUAAGCGAUGAAAACAAUCACCUGUCGCCUAGUUACCCUACUACUCACACCUGGAACAAGAAGGAAGGUGUCUUGCAAUCCGAUAGCUCCGAAACAUCUUUAAACUCUUUAAAUAAUCCGAACAACGCCAACACCAGCCCUAGACAACCGCCAAAUCUACCUCCUAUACCACCACGUCCACCAAAACGUGGCAUCCUUAAAGGACCACGUCUCAGCAAUACUAGUUCCAAUUCUGUAGAAAACAAUGUCCAAAGCACUGACGCAGUUGAUAAUGUCAACGGUCAAGACAUCAACCUGUUAGCCAGAAAUACUCAACAGAAUGAGAUGAUCUCUUACGGUAUUCCUCCUUCUAAGAGCACCUCUUCCAGUGAUGAUAUGCAGCACGUACAGAACUUUACCAAAAAAGUAAUUCAUAGCCCUGUGGAGACACAAUACAAAAACUAUAAGAAUAAUUCCAAUAACCCGUCGAUAACGACGCAGGACGUUGAUGAGGUACCAAAGACGAAUGGGAACAGCUACCAUGGAGUAACGUCGACCUCUCCAAGUGCUGAUUCUCUAACUGAUACGACAACGAACUCUUCAUUUGCUACUCCGCCGUUUUCUACCUCACCUGUUGGCGAGUCCCAAGGGUUCCAUCGAUGGUCCAGGACUAGUAAUUUUGAAGAUGUAUAUCUCCCACUUCCAUCAUUGACUCCUGUGCGCUUACCUAAGCCUAGGUACCUUACCAUCCAAAGGCAGAAAGCUCCGAGAAACGACUUCGGCUUCAGUCUUCGUAGAGCGAUGGUUCAGGAGCGAAUCUUCAUCGGAGAUAUGAAUGGUCAUGACAAUGCUCUUCUAAACGGUGACAAUAAAUGCAAUAAUCUUGGAUUGGUUAGCAAAUUGAAUUUGAAAGCUGUAAUUCUGGCUGAACCAGGGUCUUAUCCUGGAGCCAGUGAGACAGGACUGUUACCUGGUGAUAGGCUUUUGGAAGUAAAUGGUGUGAACGUUGAAGAGAAGAGCCGAGAAGAGAUCAUUGACCUCAUCAAAGGAAGCCAAGAUUCAGUGACAAUUAAGGUGCAACCGAUAGCGGAAUUGUGUGAGCUGUCUCGUCGGAAGGCAGCUGAUGGCGGUGGUGAUGUGGAACUGUCAGAUAGCAACGUGAGGGGCGGUACUCUCAGCAGGUCCGGCAGUCGGAGGUUCACUACGUCACAGGUAAUAAUUUAA